ACAAAGUUUGUGUGUUGCAGUUGGUUUUGCUUUUCUGACGGGAAAAUACAAAGAAAAAAAAACAUUAAAAGACCUUUGAGUAGCUUAAAGAAGAAUGUUGUGGUUAUAAGACAAUACGGACUGUGUAGUAAACAUAUAUUAUGUCAUAGAUAUAACAACAUCGUCCCGUGUUAUCGUCCUGGUCUACGAGUAACUUUGGGGCCUAAUUGUAUAUUAGGCAGCAGGAGUUUCUCAAUAACAUAUUGCAUCUAUUUACUGACUUCAAAGCACCAUGCUAACGCAGCUAGCAAAGUAAUGAUUGACAGGGGUGAACUGGCUAGUAACAUAUUUCUUCAAAGUGUGACGACCAUCUAUGUGCUACAACUAAGACCAUUUUCCUGGUACAGGAAACUCAUGCUUCAGAACAAAUACUUUGGCAAAAUCUCCAUUAGAAUAAAUUAAAAAAAUUAAAAAAAACAAUGCCACUUUCUUCUGUCAGGAAAAAAAUAAUAUGCAGGACCAAACUACAAAUAAUAGCGUCCUUUUCCGUCUAUAUUUGUGAAGGUGCCAGACACCCUCGUCAGGUACCUUUAGGGUCCUCUGGGAAAUCCCACCUCCUCAAGCAGGAAGUCCUAUAAUAUAAAAUUGCUCUCUGAUGUGUUCACAGACCGCUAGGUAUUUGAAAUUUCAUUUAAGCCUCAGAGCAAGUGGUUGCGGACAUAAUCCGUUUCUAACAAUACAAAAUGAGGAACAUUCGGUUUUUUGUGGAAGGAAAAGCUGAAAGCACAACAUAUAAACUCCGCUAAAAAUAUUAGCACAGAUAUUUUUGUUGAACUGCUGAUUCUGUCAUUAACAAGUCAAAUAAAUUAAUGUUUUACUGUCUUGAUUUUUUGCAAAUAAAUUAGACCUGCCACCCCUUAUUCUUACAGAACUGAUCAAUAUAGCUACACAUAAUUUUUUUAAUAUAUCUGCUCUGUUUCGAAUAUUACUAUGUAAAAAUGGCUGAUUAAUUUCAGUUUGAAACAAUUAGGUCGACUGAAUAGUGUUUUACUUAUCUGACAUAAUGUCAAUAAGUUAUUUUAUGUCAAUCAGUCAGAUUUACAGAACGUCGUUCAUGCAUUUGAAAGUAACACAGAGUGCAGUGCAAAAGUUAAAAAGGGACCAGGCAUGCAGACAGCGAUCGAUACUGACGCCACAUAAACCCUAAGCUAACGUGAAGUGACACUCAGAAGCGGGAGCGCGCUCCCAGCUGAGUUUUGACAUUUCCGACAGCCGUGAACGCAGCAGAGCCUGUGUUUGAUGAGAAGGUGCCGCAGCUUCAGACGGACUUCACUUCGUCCUCGGGCGCAGGGAGCGCAGCAAUCCGCGCGUGGCCGCAAACCCAACGGCACGGGAUAAGUUAUUGCCCGGAGGGACUCCUCUUCUUCUUCUGCUGCUGCUCGUUUCUGCUCUGGCUGUUUUCACUCAGAAGAAUCAGAAAGUUCACUUUUCGGAAGUUGUUCAAGUCGCGGGCGGAUUAAAUCCAUCGAGGGAAACGCAUCAAGUGGAUUUUACUCACCUGGUUCCUCGCGGCACAGAAAGAGGAGACUUCUGGAUAUUUAUAUAGCUCACAUUUACCAGCUGUUCUGUCUUGCCAUCAUUUUCUUUAUUUCUUUUUCUUUUCUUCUUAUUCUUUUUUUUUUAACUACAGCACUGAUGAUGCGACUCUCUGCGGCAUACAGGACAUGUUUGGAGGACGUGCAGAGGGUUGAAAUGUUACAGGGUCGUUAAAUUUAUUGGAACGUGACUGCCGGAUAUGAACUUUCUCCGUAAUGAUUGCAGGAGCGCUGGUGAAUGAUUGACAGCGUGCUGGCACCACUGGUCCCCCCAUCAGAUAUCCAUUUUACCCUUCAACAGGCUGAUUUGUGUCUUUUCUCUCAGAACAGAACUUUCUUCUGUUGACUCUUCUAAAACAUAAAGUUUCAGCCAUGAACUUUAGUAAAAUGAGCCCUUCUUUAUUUCAGUUGGUGUAAAGACAUCAUGGCAUCAGCAGUGAGACUCAUGCCGUACAGCCUGAUGCUGUACCUGCUUUUCGUCUUCUGGUCUCUCGGUUUCACAUCGGGAGCCUCCAAGGACUUGGUUUGUGAGCCCAUUACGGUGCCCAUGUGUAAGGGCAUUGGUUACAACUUGACAUACAUGCCCAAUCAAUUCAAUCACGACACCCAGGAGGAAGUGGGGCUAGAGGUGCACCAGUUCUGGCCCCUGGUCCGCAUCCGCUGCUCCCCGGAUCUGCUGUUCUUCCUCUGCAGCAUGUACACUCCGAUCUGCCUGCCGGACUACAGGAAGCCGUUGCCCCCCUGCCGCUCCGUGUGCGAGCGGGCCAAGCGAGGCUGCUCCCCCCUCAUGAGCCAAUAUGGCUUUGAGUGGCCCGAGAGGAUGAGCUGCGAGCAGCUGCCCCAGCUCGGCGAUGAGACCCUGUGCAUGGACCAGAACAGCGGUGAGACCACCACUCUGGCCCCCUCGUUCCCAAAGUCCACCCCCAAAGUCAGAACCAGACCUCCCAGCCCAUCGCAGUGUGACAGGGAGUGCCGUUGCAGAGACCCCUUGGUCCCCAUCAAGCGGGAGUCCCACGCUCUCUAUGGCAGGGUCCAGACCGGCCCUUUGCCCAACUGCGCCCAGCCCUGCCACCUGUCCUACUUCUCGGCGGAUGAACGCGCCUUCACCAGCUUCUGGGUGGGACUCUGGUCCGUGUUGUGCUUUAUCUCCACGUUGACCACCGUGGCCACUUUCCUCAUCGACAUGGAGCGGUUCAAGUACCCAGAGAGGCCCAUCAUCUUCCUGGCUGCCUGCUACCUCUUCGUCUCCUUGGGCUACAUCAUACGUCUGAUUGCGGGUCACGAGCGAGUGGCUUGUGGCUACAGCGGCCUCGGCGGAAGCCAACUGCACAUCCUGUAUGACGCUUCCGGCCCCGCUCUCUGCACCCUCGUCUUCCUGCUGGUGUACUUCUUCGGGAUGGCCAGCUCCAUCUGGUGGGUGGUGUUGUCCUUCACGUGGUUUCUCGCGGCGGGAAUGAAGUGGGGCAGCGAGGCCAUUGCUGGAUACUCGCAGUACUUCCACCUGGCUGCGUGGCUCAUCCCGAGUGUCAAGUCCAUCGUUGUCCUCGCUCUCAGUUCCGUGGACGGGGAUCCCGUGGCUGGAAUCUGCUACGUCGGGAACCAGAGCCUGGAGAAUCUGAGGGGAUUUGUGCUGGCCCCUCUUGUGGUCUACCUCUUCACAGGCUCGCUGUUCUUACUGGCUGGGUUUGUCUCUUUGUUCCGCAUCAGGAGCAUCAUCAAACAAGGUGGCACCAAGACGGACAAACUGGAGCGGCUGAUGAUCCGAAUUGGGCUUUUCACAGUGCUGUACACAGUCCCCGCCACCAUCGUGGUGGCAUGCCUGGUCUACGAGCAGCACCACCGACCUGGCUGGGAGCGAGCCCUGGCCUGCUCCUGCCCGUCGGAGCGUCAGCGUUCGGGCCCGGACUACGCCAUCUUCAUGCUCAAGUACUUCAUGUGCUUGGUGGUGGGCAUCACAUCCGGAGUUUGGAUUUGGUCUGGAAAAACUCUGGAGUCCUGGAGGAGAUUCGUGGCCAGAUGCUGCCCCUGCUGGCCGCAGAAGGUCACUGCACCGCCUUCCAUGUACAGCGAAGCGAGCACAGCCUUGACGGGGCACACUCGAACUGGGUUGUCAUCGGGGAUCUAUCAGAAAGCCCCUCCGUCCCAUAUAUGAACUGUGUGGCAACACGAAACAUUUUAGACAACCUGUGAUUGCGGACAAGAAACCAGAACUAUAAGUUUGUGUCAUUUUACCCUAAAUAUAAACUAUAAACAGUAAAUACUGAAUGAAAAGAUUCAGAGCGUUAAAAAAAAAAGGUAAAAAGUAUAUAUCUAUAUAAGCGUACAGUAUGGGAAAUAAUAGUUAAAACAAAAGCAAAACAUACGUUUGAGACUCUGAAUCUCGACAAAAAUCUCUAUAAGUGAUUUUAUUUUAUUUUUUUUUUGCACUGCAGCUGAGACACUUGACCAAAUCUGACUCUCACUUAAAACAAGCAAUCCUCCCCUGAGGUAAUCGGAUAUUCCUGAGCACUGGAAAAAAAAUAAAAAUAUAUAUUUAUUGUUGUACAUACUGCAAAUAUUUGUUGUAAAGAAAAAAAAAAAAACAACGUAAUGUUUCUGUUUAAAAAAAAAAAAACAUACUGCCAAGCUAUGUAUAAGAGACCACAGAAACAAAGUAAUUGUCCAUAAAUGUGAUGUUGUAGCUCGAUGUUUGAGUGGUGGUGCUCUGUGUGAAUCCAAACUGAAUGUGCUCUUGGAAAUUCAUUACUGUGACUAGGAACUUCCUUUGUUUCGUCUGUAUAGUGCGCUCUAAUACGACCUAUUUAGUUCUGUGAACUCAUUAAAGUGUCUUUGUGAAAGGAGAGCCAGUUCUGUCUGUGUUGUGUGAAGAAACGCACAAUAAUGAUCAAAGGCAACGAGAUAAAAAAAAAG